AUGGUGGGGCCACCGAAAGGCCCAAACAAGAGGAAAUAUGUUACUACUGCCUGCGACACCUGUCGAGAGGGCAAGGUGAAGUGUGAUGGAGUUCGUCCCUCUUGCUCCAAUUGUCUUCAUAAAAUGAGGCCGUGCAAUUAUCAGAUUGGCACUGACAAGAGAAAAAUAUCUCUCAAAUUGGUCGUCGAUUUACUUGUCAAUCGAAUCGAUAACCUUUACCAAUUUAUAAGUGAUAAUGACCUCGCACCUCCGCCCAUGUUUGGUGCCGAUGAAGCGGCUUUAAAAGAUACUCUGCAAAAUCUACAGCUUCACGAGAUCCAGAGGGCCUUGGAGGAUAUUGCCACAAGAGACAGAAGACCAUCUAGUCAAAGCCAACAAGACCCCAUGAGAAACAUUUUUCCAAGUGAAGCCCUCGAUCUGGAAUAUACAGAAAUCAAAAACCUGGAUUCUGUUACGAAUAUGCUGACUGAACCUUUUCUGCUCGUGGAGGGUGAAGAUUCUCCUUCUGAUAGUCUCUCUUCAGCUCCCGUACCCUCUGGUGAACUACUCACACAAGAUACCAUUGAAGAGACAGUUCUUUCACAUGAUUUCAUUGAUUAUACAAGCAUACCUGAGAAUCAGGGAGUGAUCCCCACGAAUCUGCCCGUUGAAGUCAACGAUAGUCCUGGCCAUGUCCAACAUGUCUCACCGGAAAUCACUGCUCGAACAAACAUGAAUGAAAAGCCCAUCGAUCUUUCUAAGCCGGAGCUCCAGCAUAAUGAUGGCUUGGAAGAUCUUGUCCAUAAGUUAUCCGAUCGUAUGGGAAGUCUCCAAAUUGGCUCAGACGGGCAGUUUAGGUACUAUGGACCCACGUCCCACUUCAACCUGCUACGGAUGCCCACGCCUGAUAAUAUGACCAUUCACCGAACUGUGAGAAAGGAUGGAAGAGAUUAUCUCAUUCGUAUGGGAAUUGAUCAGGAAGUACCCCGAGAUAUGGAGGAACAUCUGACGAAUCUCUUUUUCACAUGGCACGGGCCAUCCGUUGAUGUUGUGGAUCGAAACAUGUAUGAGGUGGCGAAGCAGCAAUGGCAAGAGCACAUAGAAGACACGCCUUACUAUUCAGAGGCCCUGACAAGUGCAAUGUGUUGUCUUGGCGCUGCUUUUGAGGCUCGAUACCAUCCCACUUUCAUCACAUACCCUAAAUCCCUUUCAGACUUUUUCGCCGAUCGAGCGAAGACAAUCCUUGAGAUCGAGCUUGAUUCUCCUACCGUGGCAACCGUGCAGGCAAUGGUUGUUCUUAGUGGGCAUGAUAUUGGUUGCCGCCGGGAUGCCAGGGGCUGGCUCUAUAGCGGCAUGGCAAUGCGUCUUGCAUUCGAUCUAGGGUUGCAUCUGGAUAUGACACCUUACGUCGCGAAUGGAUCAAUCAGUCAAGCAGAAGCAGACCUGCGGAGCAUGGUAUUCUGGGGAGCCUAUACUUUGGACCAUCAUUGGGGAUAUCUUCUUGGCCGCCCAUUCCGAACCAAUCUGGAAGAUGUUACUGUUCAAAAGCCCGGUCUUAACGCUAAGCGGAUCGAAGCUCAGCGGUGGUGUCCUUACGGCUUACCUUAUGCUACUUCAUUCCCUGCAGGUCUAUCGAUCCCCCUGUUUGCUUCUUUAUUGAGCCUACAUAGAGUCAUACUUUCCGAGAUAAUGACACCUCUCAGUCAUGUUCUAUAUGGAUCGUCUCGGACUUCCAAAGAAGAGCUCCAAAGACUGAAUGUAGAGGUAACAGACAAGCUUCUUUAUUGGAAAGAGAACCUACCAGUCCCCCUCAAAUUUACCAUCGACGACUACAAGAUUCCUCCUCUACCUCAUGUACUACUUCUUCAUAUGCACUACCACCAAGCCAUAAUCCAUGCCCAUCGUCCUUGGAUGUCAAAAAGUUCAAUCCAACCACAACCCCAACAAGGCCCGGGCCACGCCCAUGCAAGACUGAUGUGUAUCGAAUCCGCCACAUCCAUCGCACAGCUUCUCCGAAUAUACGAGAAAUACUACACCUUCCAACGAAUAAACGUCCAAGCCGUUACGAUUACCUGCUCAGCGGCUCUGAUGCUCAUCUUCGCAAAGGCUAUCCAUAACAGUGUCCAAGAUGAUCAAGCUACAUUGAGCAAUCUCAAUAUCUGUUUUCGAGCAUUGGAGGAAUUCGGUUCCUCGUGGGAAAGUGCAAAACGCGCGCAGGGUUUUCUUCUUCAUAUGCAGAGACUCUGGGAUACAAGGGUUCGGCUUUAUAAUAGCAGUAAGCGCUUGGGAUCUCAAUCACAGGACAUCUCCCAUCCAGAAACACCGGCCUCAAAGCGAUCGCGCAAUUCCUUUACUCACUUGGCCGGAGGAAAUAAUGGUCAUAUUUAUGGAAAUACCGGCGUUCAUAUUACAGAGUCAGAUUGUGAAGGGCUUGAUUUUUUAUGGGCUGCCACUAUGGGUACUAUGCCUCCAACUUGA